CACGCAACCAACGUUGUCCUGUUUACGGAGUACUUAGUGACGAGCGACAAGCUCCCGGCGAUACGCGCCGCAACGUUUCCAUGGACCCGCAUUGCUCUGGAAAGUUCUGCGCACUCCCAUGAACAUGGAAGACGCAGAAGAUGCCUCGGAUCUCUUCAAUCCUUGGCGACCGUCGGACUGGCUGGACCGGCCCGGCGAUGGCAUCGGAAUCGGCAUCGGCGUUGGCAUCGGCGUGGCCAAACAAGCGACGCCGAACCCUCUGUUCACGCUCCAUGUGCCUGAUACAGCAGCCAGUCUGGAGACACACCAUGGCUUGAUUGGAACUGGGGAGAUCCGGGCUCUCAGCGGGAUCCGGGAUGACAGCCACGCCUUCUUCAAGUUGCCGUCUCUCCUGCGGGAGCUGGCUGACCAAGAACGAGAAGCCAAGCCUCAGACAAAGCCCGCAGCCGAGAAGGCUCAAGUCGAUCCUGAGCCCAAAGCGUCGUCCUCUUUGGACGGCGAUGAUGAAGAAUUGUGGCUCUCGCAGUCCAAUGAUGCGGAGCGUCCCUGUGAGCACAGGACCUGGGAGAGCUUUGAGCAGGGGCACCAAGGGCCGCGCUCGCCAACUUUCAUCACUGAGGCCGGUCCCGCAGCCUUCGAUGCUCUAUUGGUAGCCAGCCAAGACACACAUGACGCCCGCCCAGAUGUGUUGGACGCCGCUGUCUACUGUGCGUUCCUGCGGUCGCUCGCCCUUGGAAGGAGCUCCCGCCUUUUCUCGUGGGACCCUGGCAAGAACUCGUUUGUCAAGACGGCACCGCACCUCAGAGUCUCCGGCCUGUCUCUGGAUCUGAUCCAGGCGAUCGAUAGCCAGUGCCUGUGCUGUGGGAAUUCCGCCAGGCUCCUCCAAACGUUCGCCGACGCGACGACGUACUCUGCCGCCGCCUCUCCCACGAGGGUCGCCCUCGCAGGGAUCGUCGACCGCCUCGUGACGGCUGUCCGCUCUGAACUCAGCGACCACAGCCGCGAUGUCAGGUCGAUCCUGCAGCUGCAGUCUGUCGUUCAGCCCGCCUGUUCAGUCCUGUCCUACUUCAGAGAACUCGUCAAGAAGCUCAGCGAGCAGACAUCCGACGAGGGGAUCCUGUCAUGUUUGUUUCAGGAAGCCCAAGCCUCGGAGUACCGGGACGAGCUCCUGAGGGACCUUACGCGAGAGGUGCUCCGGAUGUUGUCCAAGCCAUGGACCGAUUUUGUCGAGGAGUGGCUCGGUCUCAAGGCCGAAGAAGGCAUCGCCAUGAACAAGGACGGCCCGGGUAAAGGCUUCAUUCGGGUUGCUGACAAAAUGUGGAUCGAUGACCGAGGGUUUGAGCUCGAGGAGGCCGACUAUUUCCUCGAUGAAGACAAAGUGCCCGCCUUCGUCACCGACGAUAUGGCCCAGACUAUCUUUGAGACUGGCCGAAACCUCCGGUUUCUACGCGAAUAUCACCCCGAGCAUCCGCUCACGAAGCCGGACGUGGUGUGCCGGAUGACGCCGCCGAAACUGGCGUGGGAGUUUGACUGGGACGCCAUAUCGAAGCUCGAGGCGAGCGCCAACCGAUACCGGGACGCAGUGUCCCGUGCGAUCCAGGGCAUGCUGCCGGAAGCAGAACCGGAGACGAACUUGUCGUCGCCUAUCAACGGCCUGAAGCCUGGUCCUGUCGAACUCCGAUAUUUUGGGAAGGACGACGCCGAGGUAGAGGCGAACAUCAUCGCUUCGAUGCAGCAGUUAGACCAGCCGCUGGAGGACCGUAGGCCACAGGACGAGCUCACACGUCUUCUCUACGAGCGGCUAUACCGCACAGAGGCCGUGCCACUCGACUCGGGCAUCCUCUCCCCCCAUUGGGACCUAGUGCCAUUGCUGUCCUUCGGCCCAGUGAUCGAAGCACAGGCGAGCCUAGUAAACCAAGAGUGCAUGAAGUUGCUCUUCAGCUCUCACCACUUGCGCAUUCACAUCGACCUCCUUCGGCAAUAUUUCUUACUUGGGAACGGCCUGCUCUGCAGCCGCCUUUCCCACGCGCUGUUCGAUCCAAGCCUCCACACGGCAGAGCGCCGAGCCGGCGUCGCCCUCGGCGGCGGCGUGAUGGGGCUCCGUCUCGGCGGCCGUCAGACCUGGCCGCCAACCAGUUCCGAGCUGCGCCUGGCCCUGAUGGGCGUCCUGUCCGAGUGCUACGAACCGCCGCUGCGGCCGGACCAGACUACGCCCUCGCACGGUGCUGCCAAAUCCGAUCUGCCAGGCGACCUCAGCUUCGCCGUGCGCGACCUCUCGCCCGAGGAGAUCGACCGCUGCAUGGACCCGGACUCGCUCGAGGCCCUCGACUUCCUGCGCCUCUCGUACACGCCGCCCGCCCCGCUCCGCCCGGCCCUGCCGCCCACCCUCCUGCUCAGGUACGACCGUGUCUUCAGGCUGCUGCUGCGCGUGCUGCGCAUGCUCUACGUCGCCAAUGAGCUGUUGGUCACCACCACCACCGCCGCCGCCGCCGCCGCCGCAACGGGCGGGAGCGGGAGCGGGAGCGAAAGUACGGCUUCCGCCGCGCGCUUCCGCUUCGAAGCCCGCCACUUCAUCCGCCAGGUGGCCGCCUACUUCUUCGACGUGGGCAUCGGCGCGCCGUGGCGCCGCUUCGAGCGCUGGCUCGACGCGGUCGAGGCCGAGUGCGUGAACCCGUCGUCCGGCUCUGCGUACCGCGCUAGUCGCACUGGUCCUACUUCUACUACUACUGCUACUACUACUGCUGCUGCUCCUGUUCCUACUCCUCCCGCGCCUCCUGCUCCUACAACGACGACAGCGAAGCGGGCGUGCCCCACCCCGGCGGCGCUGCACGCCCGCCACGAGCAGACGCUCGACGAGAUCAUGGCCGCGCUGCUGCUGCGGCGGCGCCAGGCGCCCGUGCUGCGCCUGCUGGAGGAGACCUUCGCGGUCGUGCUGCGGUUCGCGAGGCUGUCGGCGCGUAGGGGCGUGGAGUCCACGAGCGCGAGCGCGAGCGCGGGCUGCGAGGGUGCCGGUGGGGGAGGAGGAGAGGCUGGGGAGCAGCGGCGCGAGACGGAGGAGGAGCUGUACGCGCUGUUCAGGAAGAAGGUCGAGGUGUUUCUUACCGUGUGCAGGGGCCUCGGCGAGAAGAUGGGUGCCGGCGCGGGAGGGGGGAGGACUGCUGGGAGCGGUGGGGGCGGCGCCGUGGCCAAUCCGGUUGAGCAGCUGGUGGUGAUGGUGGAUAUGUCGGGGUUUUAUUCUGGCAAGAGGGGUGGUGUUUGAACUUGGUGCUAGUGGUGUUUUUUGUAGUUGAUACCCUGAUAUCAGUAGGACGGGAUCGGUUCUGGAAGACAUGUUUGGCGUUGACGGUCUGUAGAACAACGCUUGUCUGGGGGUGGAAGGUGCCUGCGCUCGUUGAU